ACUCCCUUCCCCGCAGGCCCGGCUGCUCCCGGACCUGCCCGCUUUCUCUCCCUCGCGGCUCGCUCCUCUCGCCUUAAAGCAGCCGGGAAGGCACCGUUUUCCCCACCCCCGGGCUCCGGGUCCUCCCGCUCCGGUGCUUUUCCCCUUUGCCCUCGCCAACCCCCAUCAUCUUCUCCGCUGCUGCUGCUCCAUGUCGGCCCCGCUGCCCGGCUCCCCGCCGCAGGAUGGAUGCAGACACUGACUGGGGAGCCACCCCGCCGGCCCAGCCUCCCCAGCAGCCGUCUCCCAGCUCCGCCGUGAGGAGCCCUUGGGACCCUCCUCUCUUGCAGCUGCAUCGGCAGCAGCGGACAGGCGCGCUCCUCGCUCAGUGACCGGUCCCUUCCCUCGCCUUCCCCCCUCACCGUCCCCGCAGCCGCCUCGCCCAGCAGCGCUCCCUCGGGGCACGAUGUCGGGGGGCGGCGCAGACGGCAGCACCACGGCUCCCCGCUUCUUGGUGCCGCCGCCGCCGCCGCCCAAGAAUGGGUCCAGCUCGGACAGCUCCGUCGGGGAGAAGCUGGGAGCCGCCGAGCACGGAACCUCCGGGGCCGGUGGGACGAGCGGAGGAGCUGGGAACGAAAGCCGGAGCGAGGAAUACCGGCGCCGCCGCCACACCAUGGACAAGGACAGUCGAGGGGCGGCAGCCACCGAGCACCGCUUCUUCCGCCGUAGCGUGAUCUGCGACUCCAACGCGACGGCCUUGGAGCUGCCCAGUUUGCAGCCCUCGGCCCCUGUCUCGGGAGGCAGCGCCGCUCCCUUGGUCUCUCCUCCCGAGUGUGCCAGCCGGACUUCUUCCAUUGCUGCUGGCGGUGCCGCCCAGGCCUCGCUGCUGCAGCAGCCGCCACCACCUGCCCCGCUUCCCCUCGAAGGACAGUCUGCUCAGGAGCUCCCUGCCGCGAAGGAUGCCUCCCUGCUGCUGCCCAAGGAGGAGGAGGAUGAGGCGACCGUGCUACCCCCCACCAGCGUCGCCGGCAGCGCAUCGGCUGUCAGCCGGGAAUUUGAAGAGCGGAGGACGCAGCAGGAAGACAUCGAAGAGCUUGAGACCAAGGCGGUGGGCAUCUCCCCUGAUGGUCGCUUCUUGAAGUUUGACAUCGAGAUUGGAAGAGGUUCUUUCAAAACUGUGUAUAAAGGACUGGAUACGGAUACCACUGUGGAAGUUGCCUGGUGCGAGCUGCAGGAUCGGAAGCUGUCCAAGUCAGAGCGACAAAGAUUUAAAGAGGAAGCUGGAAUGCUGAAAGGGCUUCAGCAUCCCAAUAUUGUCAGGUUCUAUGAUUCCUGGGAGUCUACAGUCAAAGGGAAAAAGUGUAUUGUUCUUGUGACAGAACUCAUGACUUCUGGAACACUGAAAACGUAUUUGAAAAGAUUUAAAGUGAUGAAAAUUAAAGUACUGCGAAGCUGGUGCCGUCAGAUACUGAAAGGCUUGCAAUUUCUACACACACGCACUCCUCCCAUUAUUCAUAGAGACUUAAAAUGUGACAACAUCUUCAUUACUGGCCCCACUGGAUCAGUCAAGAUUGGAGACCUUGGCCUGGCAACGCUGAAACGAGCUUCUUUUGCCAAAAGUGUGAUAGGUACCCCAGAGUUCAUGGCCCCCGAGAUGUAUGAGGAGAAAUAUGAUGAGUCCGUUGAUGUAUAUGCUUUUGGGAUGUGUAUGCUAGAGAUGGCCACGUCUGAGUAUCCUUAUUCCGAGUGCCAAAAUGCUGCGCAGAUCUACCGUCGAGUGACCAGUGGUGUCAAGCCAGCCAGUUUUGAUAAAGUAGCAAUCCCUGAGGUGAAGGAGAUUAUUGAGGGAUGCAUUCGACAAAACAAAGGUGAAAGAUAUGCUAUUAAGGACCUUUUGAAUCAUGCUUUCUUCCAAGAAGAGACUGGAGUACGGGUAGAACUAGCAGAGGAAGACGAUGGAGAAAAAAUUGCUAUUAAACUCUGGCUGCGAAUUGAAGACAUCAAAAAACUCAAGGGCAAAUACAAAGAUAAUGAAGCAAUAGAAUUUUCUUUUGACUUGGAGAGAGAUGUCCCAGAGGAUGUAGCGCAGGAAAUGGUGGAAUCUGGCUAUGUGUGUGAAGGGGAUCACAAGACAAUGGCGAAAGCUAUCAAGGACAGGGUAUCUUUGAUUAAGCGGAAGCGAGAGCAGCGUCAGUUGGUGCGAGAAGAACAGGAGAAGAACCUUCAGGAAGAAGGUAGUCAGAAGCAGCAGCUGGAACAACAGCAACCAUCAGGUGCUUCCCAUGCAGGAUCAAAGCAUCCCCAGUCUGUCACUGGUACUACUCCUGUCCCUGCUACUUCAGCAUCGGUUUCUACGCAAGUGGAGCCUGAAGAACCAGAAGCUGAUCAACACCAACAACUGCAGUUCCAGCAACCCAGUAUAUCUAUUCUUUCUGAUGGGACGGUUGACAGUGGCCAGGGAUCAUCUGUUUAUACUGAAUCAGGUGUGAGCAGUCAACAGACUGUGUCGUAUGGUUCGCAGCAUGACCAGUCCAUCUCAACACCUGCAGUCCAAGGUUACGCAGCCUCAGUUGGCCCAGUGCAGUCACAACAGCAUGGAGGAUAUCAGCCACCUGCAGCGCCUCAGCAUCCACGUGGGGGAACACCAACGUUCCCAGAUUCCCAGAUAUUUUUCCCAACUGUUCAUGAACGGCCAGUGUCUUUCUCACCACCACCUGUCUGCCCGCCGAAGGUGGCAGUUGCUCAGCGGCGCAAGAGCACCUCAUUUCUGGAAGCCCAAACUUGCCACUUCCAGCCAUUGCUGAAGACUGGCCAGAGUUUAGUUCCACCUGGUGGUAGUCCCACCAACUGGACACCAGAGGCAUUCGUUAUGCUGGGCACAGCAGCUCAGAGAGUCACUGGAGAGCCUCUGCAUGUGCAAGUUAAUCCUGUGUUUGAGCCAGCUCCUGUCCACAGUGACUAUAGAUCUGGACCAACACCUCCAGAGGAUGCUCACUACAGAAUGCAUCCAGAAGCUGUGUAUUUGGUGGGCAUGCACUAUCCAUCACAGACGCAGGUCCAAGGCCAGUCAGCCUCAAACAGUCCAUCGGUGCCGUCCCAGCCUACUCAACACACUCAGCAGAAUGUGCAGCAGCCAGCCUCUUCCCAACAACCUGGGCAAUACCAGCUGCAGCAGCCAUCAGUUUCUGCUGGUGCCACUCCCCCGCAAACUGUCUCUCAAACUCAAACUUCACAGGUUAUGCCAGUGCCUCAGGCAGCAGCUGGGACACAGCUUCCUGUUUCCCAACCAGUGCCGAUCAUCCAAGGCGAGCCUCAAUUACCUGUUGCAGCACCUUCUCUCCCUCAGCCUUCAGUUGCCCCAGCAGUCCCCAUUGGCUCUCAUUUUCUACCCAUGGGACAGCCCAUGCCAACUUCCAUGGUUCCCCAGUUCUCAGUCUCUCAGUUGCCUGUAGCAGCUCCUCAUGUGUCAGUGGCUCAGCCAGGUUUCCAGUCACUGCCCAUUUCAAUGGCAGCUGGCAUCAAUCAGCCAUUGCUCACACUGGCAACAUCUGCUGCGGCAGCCACUGUUCCUGUAGGAUCAACCGUUGUCCCUAGCCAGCUUCCCACGCUCAUGCAGCCUGUGGCUCAGUUGCCCAGUCAGGUUCUCCCUCAGCUCCUGCAGCCAGCUGUCCAGUCCAUGGGAUUGCCAGUCAGCAUUGGACAAGCUGCUGAAGCUUCGCUUCCUGCUGGAGAUGCUCUUUACCAGGGCUUCCCAUCUCAGCUGCCACCUCAAUACCCAGGCGAAUCGAAUGUUGCACCUUCCUCUGCUGUGGCUUCUGUUAGCGUUCCUUCUGCCGUACUUUCCCCUCCCUUACCUGCAGAUGCAAUGGCUCAGCCGGGCUAUCUUGCUCCUGUUGUGCAGCCGUAUGUGGAGCAGAGUGUUUUAGUUCCCAUGGGCAGCCUAGGUGGACACGUUCCAGUGCCCCCGCCUGCAGUGAGUUUAGCACAACCGGCCUCAUCUGCCUCUGCACAGCAGGCAGUUUUGGAGCAGAAUGUCAUGCCAUUGUGGGGACCUUGUUGCCACUGGCUGUUCUGUUGGGAAGGUACUCAGGGAGCCUCACAGACUGCUCCUUCAGAGACUCUUCCAGCAACGCAGCCUGCUCAGUCUACUGCUUUGGCUUCCUCUAUGGAUAGUGCGCAUUCUGAUGUUGCUUCAGGCUUGAGUGAUGGCAAUGAGAAUGUUCCAGCUUCUAGCGGAAGGCAUGAAGGGAGGACUACUAAACGUCAUAUGCGGAGGUCUGUCCGCAGCCGCUCUCGCCAUGAGAAGACUGCUAGGCCAAAACUGAGAAUUUUAAAUGUUUCAAAUAAAGGUGAUCGGGUAGUGGAAUGCCAGCUAGAGACACACAAUAGGAAAAUGGUUACUUUCAAGUUUGAUUUAGAUGGUGACAACCCUGAGGAAAUAGCUUCAAUUAUGGUGCAGAAUGAGUUUAUUUUAGCAACUGAGAGAGACUCAUUCGUAGAACAGGUACGAGAGAUUAUUGAGAAAGCAGAUGAAAUGCUAAGUGAGGAUGUCAGUGCGGAGCCAGAAGGUGGUCAGGGUUUGGAGAGUAUGCAGAUGAAAGAUGACGGCUUCUUUCCAGGGUCGCAGAAAUUAGAGUUCAAACAGCCAGAUCCUACAUCAUCUAUGCCACAAAGAAUAGGAGUUCCUCCUAGCUCCUUUACCCAGGUUGUCCAUUCUGCAGGAAGACGGUUCAUUGUCAGCCCUGUCCCUGAGAGUCGAUUAAAAGAACAGGGCUUUUUUACGUCUCCUGUUCCUGGAGGAAAAGAAGAUAUGGUUGCUGCAUCUCCACUACAUGGUCCUGGAAUGAAUCUCUCCCACUCAGCAUCGUCACUUAGUUUGCAGCAAGCCUUCUCUGAGAUGAAUCAUGCUCAAAUGACAGAAGGACCUAGUACAGCUCCUCCAGUGUUCAAUCAAACAGUACCACCAUUUCCACCUGCACUUGCUACCAUGGCAGGCAGUGGUGCACCCCCUGCAUCUGUGGCCACUUCUUCAAUGUCUGUUCCCUCCAGCACAGGUGUUUCUCUUCCAGGAUCUGUUACUUUGCCUUCAGAAGGUGCAGCUGUUGGAGUUGCACCAAGUGCAAGUGUGCCAAGCUCUGUUUCUCCACCUCCAGCCUCAGAGUCUGGACAGCAGUUGACUGGUGUCUCUUCUAGUGUGAGCGCCCCUGCUUCAUUCUCCUUACCUACCGCAUCCCAGCCUGCUCAACCAGUAACUGGAGACAUUGCCCCCAGUAUUAGCACACCGUCAUCUUUGGCACUGCCAUCUACCCAGGUUCCUGGUGUCACUGGUCUUGGUGUCGUUGCACCAGCUGUGACAUCUCAGUCUGCUCCUCAGAUUGUAAGUAGUAUGGCAGCACCACAGACAGCAGUCGCCCUGUCUCUGGCUCAGAAUGUGGCUUUGCAGCUUCCUCAGCUUAGUAGCAGUGGCUCUGUCUCCAAUCUGUCAGAAACAACAGUUGUAAGUGCUCAGCAGUCACUACCUGAGAGUGGGCAGUCUGUGGAUACAUCACAGCUCUGCAAUACGGCUGGCUUAUCUCUUCCAAUCUCCGCACCUUUAUCAUCCUCAGUAGCAACAAGCAUAUGUGGUUCAGUCGCUCAGCCAGUGAUGCAUCCCUUACUUGUCCCGUCAGGAAUUACAUCAACGCCUGUCCUACCCCAGAUUCCGGGUGCAACGCCCAUGUUACCCCAGGUUCCCUUACCUGGUGUCUUACCACAACCAGUUACUAACUUGCCUGCAGUACAGCAAACUUUGAUACACAGCCAGCCUCAACCAGCUCCAUUACCCAACCAGCCUCAUAUUCACUGUCUGGAGGCUGAUGCUGAUGCUCAGUCUAAAGCUCCUGGAAUUGAUGAUAUAAAGACCCUGGAAGAAAAGCUACGGUCUCUCUUCAGUGAACAUGGUAAUGUAGGAACAGUGCAUCCAUCAGUAUCUCUGGAGACAUCAUUGGUAAUGGAAACUACAGUUAUUCCUGGGAUACCGACCACUGCUGUUGCACCAACUAAACCCCUGACGUCCAUUAGCACUUGUAUACCUCCAAGCAGUUUGCCUCUUGGACCAACUGGCUUGCCAGUGCUGACACCAGUUGCCACUCCUGGGCAAGUGAUCACCCCGGUCAGCUAUAUUUCGGCAUCGAGCAGCGUUGCAACAGCAGUAGUGAAACCAGGGACCUCUCCUUCAAAGCCCCCUCUUAGCAGGGUACCGGUGCUACCAGUAGGUUCUGAACUUCCAGCUGGCACUCCAUCCAGUGAGCCGCUGCCACCUUUUCCAGGACCUUCACUAACUCAGUCUCAACAGCCACUGGAAGAUCUGGAUGCUAAGCUGAGAAGAACCCUUAGUCCAGAGACUGUUCCAGGGACAUCUGCUCCUGCCUGUUCUGUCCCCUCAGUAGCAUCUACAACGGUUACCGGACUGGUGUCCACAGGAACACAGUCUCUGAAGGAUGCUUCAGCAUCAUGUGGUGCAGAGAGCGGUGCUACGGCUACCACAGCAGGAGCUGGUGUUCUUAAGAUGGGACGGUUUCAGGUAUCUGUGGCAGUGGAUGAUGUGCUAAAAGAGGGUGACAAACCUGAAACUAAGCCGUUGCAAUUUGACACCACCUCCACUGAUUCUUCAUCUCUUUCUGGCAGUAGCCCAGAGAGUACACUGGUAAAGCAGGCUGGCAGUCGGAAAAGCGAGGCUGUAGCUGACUCUUCCUUGGAUGUGGUAGAUGGCAUGCCUCGGACAGUCCCUGUGCUGCAAUUACCAGUAGAUGUUGUUCAGCCUACUAAGGUUGGGCGCUUUCAGGUGACAACAACAACGGAUCAAGUGGGGCGCUUUUCGGUGUCAAAGACUCAGGAUGAGAUCAGCUGUGCAGAGAAAGAGCCAAUGACUCUUCCUCUCUCUGUGGACUUGGAACAAGUUGCUUCUUCAGCCGCAGCUCCAAAGAAAGAGUUGGAGUCAAGGCAGUCGCCGCAUAUGAACGGUCCAUCCUCUGAACCAGAGGCAACCUUCUUAAGCGGGAUGGCUAAGGAUUUGGAUGAUGGCUCAGGGAGCCCAGACUCCCUCCAGCCCAUGGGGUCGAAGAUCAGCCUCCCUGUUCAGAGCCUUAGCAACUCCUUCAACUCUUCCUACAUGAGCAGCGACAAUGAGUCGGAUAUUGAAGAUGAAGACUUGAAAUCGGAACUCCGUCGGUUACGUGAGAAGCACCUUAAAGAGAUCCAGGAGCUGCAGAGUCGCCAGAAGCAGGAGAUUGAGUCACUGUACAUGAAAUUGGGAAAGGCCCCACCUGCCGUAAUUAUUCCCCCAGCUGCACCCCUUUCAGGAAGGAGGAGACGACCUACUAAAGGAAAAAGCAGCAAGUCCAGUCGUAGCAGCUCCCAGGGAAAUAAAAGCCCUCAGCUAUCAGGCAAUCUGUCAGCUCAAAGUGCACCAUCAGUCUUGCCCCCCCAGCAGACUCUUCAUCCUCCUGGUGGUGUGCCAGAGACUGGGCAGAACCAUUUGUUACAGCCCCUCAAACCUUCACCUUCUAGCGAAAAUCUCUACUCUGCCUUUACCAGUGAUGGUGCCCUUUCAGUACCAAGCCUUUCGGCACCAGGCCAAGGCUGUGCGAAGUUUAACUGUGCAUCUGAGAGAGUGACCUUCAAGCCUGGUGGCAGGAGGACCCGAUUUCUGAGUACGCCCUGCUUGGCUCUUUGGAAGAUGGUGAAAAAAGUCUGUCCUUGCAACCAGCUCUGUAGGACCAGCAGCACCAACACAGUCGGGGCUACUGUGAGCAGCCAAGCACCCCAGUCUCAGCCUCCUGCUAUUGCCUCAAGCCGGAAAGGGACUUUCACAGACGACCUGCACAAGCUGGUAGACAACUGGGCCAGAGAUGCCAUGAACCUGUCUGGCAAGAAAGUUGGCAAAGGGCAUAGCAGCUAUGAGGGCCCUGGAAUGGCAAGGAAGUUCUCGGCACCAGGUCAGCUUUGUGUCUCUAUGACAUCUUCCCUGGGUGCUACACCCAUCUCUGCAUCAUCAGCUACCUCUUUAGGUCCCUUUACAAAGGCGAUGUGUCCUCCGCAGCAGUACGGUUAUCCAGCAGCGUCCUUUGCCGCUCCGUGGAGUGGGACGGGCGGGCCAGCACAACCACCGCUUGGCCAGUUCCAGCCCGUAGGUGCUGCAUCUUUGCAAAGCUUCAACAUCAACAAUUUGCAAAAAUCCAUCAGCAACCCUCCAGGCUCAAACCUGCGGACGACUUAGCUGCGCUCGGAGACCGUGCUGGCUUGACCUCGGGACAGGACAUGGGGAGGGAGACGGGGCCCUGUAUCAACUACUAGUGCUGCAAUGAACUGGUAGCUUUGCCAGACUGGGAAUGAUUUUCUCUUUUCCAACCAUUGCUGUCAACUCUCUGUAAAGGGAGUUUUCCCCACACGCUUGGAAGGGGGAGGAGGAUGAUCAGCAUCCGUAUGACCGGACAGUGCUUUUGACCGAGAGGUUCCGCUCUUGUUUGGAAUGAGAGCUGUGAAGAGAAGUCACGGGGUCAGUUAAUGCAGUCUUGCUGUAAAUUUUUUCCUCUGGUUUGAGGCUGAAUCCACAUGUGUUGAGGUGGGAGAGCUGAAUCCUAGCAUGAGGCUUUAGCAUUGCUUCUUACCUCUCCCUGAAGAACCAAGACCAGGAGAAAAGCUGUCCAAAUCCCCCUCCUCCUCUCCCUCUCCUCCAUCAAUUGUGUCUGGCUCCAAAAUGAUGGGGGCACACGAAUGGACUCGCAGUGCAGCCCCUGCUUGAUAGGUCAUUACUGCUUUAAGUAAGAUAAUUAACAGCUUCGACUGCAGCAUUAGAGCAAUUUAAAAUGUUUAAAAGAUUUUUAAAAGUUCCCUGCGGACAUGUACUUACCAUCAGUUUUGAUGUGGAAACACUGUGAUAUAUAAAUGUUGUUGGACAACAGUAGUUUAAAAACGAGUGGAAUAUAGAGGGUUAAAAGAGCUAAAAAAGAAAAAAAAAUGGGAAAAAAAGCUAGCUAUAUCCUUAUACUUAUUGGAGACACUUUAACUUUUUCCUUUGUAUUUUCAUUGUAUUAGAGAAAUAAAUGUGAAUGUAAAAUUGUAUAAAUUAAUGUACUUGAAUACUUGUCUGUUCUCCCAGUACGCUUGCUGGAUAUUUUAGUGCCUUGGACUUCUCUUGCUUCUGCAGUUUAGCAUCGUCUUCCCAGCAGACCCCCAGGCAGACAGAGGGCAAGUUCAGAGAGGGCCGGAUUGUUUGUACCUUAGGGACUGGGACACCGGAGUUCCCGUAGUGGUAUCGUUACUGCUCGGUGUAGGUGUAGGGAGAGGGAAGUCAUGGAGGCGGCAGGUGGGAACUUGUCCAGGCGGGCAGAUCUGAAGUUGCUGGUGUGACAGGAGCCAGGUGGGGGUGAGACGGAGCGAUGUGGGGGAAGCUAAAACGAGACUGACCAGUAUUGGCUACGGAAGCGGGGGGUCUGGAUUGGAAAUGGAGAGAGGAUGGGGAGAAUGUGUGUCUUUGGGAAAGGCCCAACUGAAGAUGCAGUUUGACUUCACCUGCAAAGCGGUAAAGGUGUUUGGUCAGGAUGUGGCUUGAGGGACAGGAGCCGUUGCUCGUUGGCGUGGGCUUGUCUGCUGGGAUUGCUUUUCUUACCUUUCUUUUUCUUCUUUUGGGUAAAAUCUGUUUAAGCCAGGGACAGACUGUCCUGGCACAACGUCCAUUGCCGGCAAUGGAUGUACUUGAAACAGCCGGCAUCAAGAAGUUUCCUCUGUCUUUGCUCUUGGAGGCUUUACAAUUUUGUUCACUCUAACAAAUUCCAAGGUGGUACCAGGACUGUAACCGUUUCUGUCACCUCCCGGUAACAGUCCCGUUUCUUCCGCUUUGCUCAUUUUCCGUUUCCGUAUUUAAAAAAUACUGUUUUCCUCUUCAAAGUGAAAAUAAUAGCAGCCAGUAUUUGUGUGGUGCUGCAGAAAGCUGGGAAGGAUGGGAGUUCUGCUUCCUGCUUCUUGGGAGCAGCUCACCGGGAUCCCGGAAGUCAGUGCACCACAGAGAUGUUACAUGCCUGAAUUGUUUUUCCUGGGAGCGCUGUUUCCCCCGUGGGGCCUUAAUUAGAAGUUUUUUCUGUCUGCGGAUGUUCUCACUCUAUUAUUUUUACAAAGAAACGCGCAGGGUCCGUUCCUUUCCUGUCACUUUUUUUUGGAUGGCAGUUUUGGCAGCAAGGGCAGGUGCGUGGGAGGUGAUGCCCGAGGGCGAAAGCUGGUGGCGAUGUGGCUCGGCUCCCAGUUCCUUAGGUUUGGGGGUUUGUUCUUUGUAACCGAAGCACGGACUAGAGCUGCGGAAGGAGAGGAGGAGAGGCUCGUGGUGUGUGUGGGGAGAAAGCAGGGGUCCCUGUGGCUGAAGUGAAGCGGAGCAGCUUUGCUUUUCUGUCGGAAUGGAUGCAGAGAUGUUUACUGAACACGCCCAGCGCGAGGGGAGAAGGGGGGAUGCCCUGGUAAACGGGAGCAGCAACAAACUUGAGGCAGUAAUGAACAAUGGGAAUAUUCCUGGCAGGGGAACAAAUCAGCUGGGUGCAGCACAUGGUUAUUGAAUUUUGAUCUAAUAAGUUUUAGGUCGUUUUUUUCACUUAAUGUUAUGCAAGAACUGGUUUUAUUUGCCAUUGAUUUCCUCUCCCCUCCUCUCCCCCCCUCCUGUGGAUGAAUAACUGAAGUCUAGAGGAAUAAACUAAUGCUACUGAACUGUUAAAUUAUUUUGUUUAAUAUUACACUUUGAGUAUCUUUUUCCACAUAAAAUCUGUUUCUGAAUUACAAAGCGUUUUCUUUACAUUAUUUAACAAUGUACACUGUUAAAAAAAAAAUAAAAUGAAUUGAAACUCUGGGCUUCCCCGGCUGUGGUUCAGUUGUGUGUUUUGCACUAAUUCCAGGCACUGCGCUUCCUGCACGACUGCGCUUCGUGCUGCCAUUUGUUACCUUUGUAGAAUAUUUAACGAAGACAUUCAAAUAAACUGAACCUGGUUUUGUUGA